AUGAACGACCAAACGUUGAAUCAUAUCCUGAAUCAUUUUUCUGCCAAGUUCGAGAAUGUUCGAAGCGAUCAAUCACCAGAUUUACUCCAAACACUGACUUUAUCGCAAUAUCAGAAGUUAGCCGAAAUCGACGUUCAAACUGUAGCGGGACUAAGCGAAGGAUUAGAAUCAUAUUUAAAGGACCAUUUGGAGAUUCUUAACCUCCAAUUGCAGUUAAAACAGAAGAAAUGUGCGCUUGCUGGAAAACUACAGACUUUAAAUACAAAAUUUGACAAAGCUAUCGAAGAAACGAAUGAACGGAGUGACCUUCUUAAGAAAGGAAAGAUCGAUUUUUUGAAUCCAGUGGCUCCCGCAGAUGAGCCAGUUUUUGCAGUUCCAACAGAAAUCAAAAAACAAAUUCCUGUGGAACCUACUUAUUCAACAGGAGUGAUGCGAGAAACUGUUUCUCAACGACCACAACCUGCAAUUGAUUCUGUCAUGAAGCCUCCGACGUACACAUCACUCUUAAUGUCGACAAGAAAGGAAAAGAAAGAAAACGUGCCGAAGACUGAGUCUUUCAGUUUGGAUGAUUCACUGCUGAACGGACAUGACAUAUCAAUGGUGAAUAUCUCCGACGAGAGAAGACGAUUACAAUUCGACGAACUAGACGAUGAUAAGGAAGAGACCCCAGCCAGGAAUAAAGCCAGCCGAUCCGCGCCAACAAAAACUCCAUCAAGAACUCCUGCGCGACCAGCGACGGAACGGAAACCACUCGAUUUGUACUCUCUACCACCUCCACCAGUCUUUACGUCAAGUUCCGGACGGGUCUUCAACCAGAACCGUGAUUAA